AAAGCCACGCUUCGCAGCAUUGUCAGACGUCAUAAAUAAAGGUGCCAUUUUGAAUGUGUAUUGUCAAAAAAUAAGAUUCUUUCUCUGAGCAACUGGCAAAGGGAAGUUAAUGCCAUUUGUCUAAUUUAGUUAAAUGUUAAUAAAUUGACUUUUUGGAUAAGUCAAAUUGAUCCAAAUAAUAAAUAACAACAGUUUUUACAAAAUAUGAAGGUCUAAAGCCAUUAAAAUGAGUUCAAAUGAAGAAAUGUUUCUUGUUAUUAUUGGUGAUGAAGACUAUCAGGUGCCUGAUGAUUUAAAAGAAGUUGUAGAACAAAGUGAUUCAAAUAUGGAGAUUGGUGAAAUUAUAGAAGAACAACAAAUUGAAGAAGAACCAUGUACCUAUGAAAUUCAAGUAGAAAAUGAAGAUGACUUAAAUGGUGAAGAAAAUGUAAAUCAAGAAGAAUAUAAUUUUGAUGGAGAAAUUGUUGAUGAAGGAAUAAUCAUAGAGGAACCAGUUUAUGAAGAGCCAGUUAAGACAGAUGUCAAUGGUGACAUAAUAAAUGAAAGGAUAAUACUAGAUCAACCUUAUGAAGUUGAACUUGAAGAAAUGAAAGAAGAUCAAAAUAAUUCAACAAAUAAUCAAGAAAUAAUUAUUGAAGGUUUAGAUGAAAAUAGUAUACUACAGCUGCAAAAUGGUGAACUACAAUUAGAGGAUGGAGACGGGCAGCACUAUUUAAUACAAGAAGAGAAUGGACAGUAUGUCCUUCAAGAAUCAUCUAAGUACAAUAUAGUUGAGAUAAAUGGUGAACAAGUGUUAGUGCAAGAAGUUGAAGAGACAGAUGAACAUACCAAUAAAAACAAUUCAAAUGUUCAAUAUGUUAUUCAACAAGAUACUCAAGGAUCAAGCGAUGAUGAGUUUGCAAGACCAAAAAGGAAACAAGAAAGACCACCGAGGCCACAUCAGGUUUCUUCUUAUGUGCAAGAGUUGAAAGAAACCUACCCAGAAUUGAAUGAUGAAGAAAGAUUAAUAUCAACUUUAGCAGAAAUUAUGAGAACAAUAAAACCGCCACCUCUUCCUGAUAAUUUUUGUGUCAUGAAUGGCAUUAUGUUUGAGUGCAAUUCAUGUGGCAAGUUCUUUAACAGUAUGCCAGAGGCUGCUCGUCAUUUUCAAUACUAUCAUGGCGAGCGAUACCUCAUGUGUUUUGCGUGCGGAGCAGAUUUUAGAAACCCCACAAACUUAUACAAACAUGAGAAAGGUUGCACCAUGUAUCCCGACAUCAUCUCAGUUUUGAAGGCUCGCUCCAGACAUCUUAGUAGCAAAGGACGUAAUCGGCCCUACUUUUCUAAAUCACAUGAAAUCAGAAUUGAAAAUAACAGAUUCCUGUGCAGCCAGUGCCCUGCAUCAUUCGGUACUCGGUCAGGCCUAGACGCGCACGAGCACGAGCACGCGGGAGACAGGCCCUACCUUUGCGCCUUCUGCGUCUGCGCAUACACAUCGCCUUCUGCUCUGUCGCGUCACAUGCGAAAACACCGCGGCGAGAUGUUAGUGUGUGAGCAAUGCGGCAAGCGACUCAGUACAAGGAACGCCCUUGACGCACACAUGUUGACGCACCAACCUGCCCUUCGAAGAUACCUAUGUCCGGAGUGCCCGAAGCGUUUCUCGCAGAAGAGCAGUCUUCAGCUGCACCUUGAACGCCUUCAUCGCGACUUGCCCCCGCCAUGCGCCUGUCAACUGUGUCCGGCCAGGUACCCCCGUAUGUCGCAACUGAGACAACACAUGAAGGAAGUACACGGAAUGCUACUCAUGACUCAAAAGAUGUUCUACAAAUCGUUGCCAAGAUUAACUCCAUCUCAAGUAGAGCAAGCAAAAGUGGUACUCAAAUCAGAGGUCGAAAAAUAUCCAAGAUAUGUCAUUGAAAAAUCGCUUUGAUAUAAGCACUAAGUGGGCGUCACGAGAGGGGUAUAAUUCUCAGGCCCGUAUUCUAAAUCAUGAGACGUGCUAUUGCUGGUUCCGAUGUUCCAACUUUUGCCUUUAUUUAAUAUCAUUAAAAACGUAUUUGCAAUAUGUUGUAUACGUUAUUUACGUUUAAAGUCACGUGCGUGAAAUAUUAAUUUAUAAAAAAAAAAAAAAUCGCUUAAUUUUUGCUACCCUCAAAUCCACAACUAGUUAAAUGUACUUUUCUAAGUAUUUUCGUCUCUUUCUGUCCAAUUAUUACAUCAUGUUCACACUAUGAUGAAAAGAGACAUAAAUAUAAAUAAUUUAUUUUAAAAUAC